UUCCAAACUGUGCGCUAUGACGAGAACUGGGAGGCUGAGUUUCAUGAGCGCAUCAAGCAGAUCAACAUCUCAACGGAAACUAAAGGAUGGCUGAGCGGUUCGGUGUUCGCGCAGAUAAUUUAUUUCUUGUUUUCCGACCAGAUGUAUGUUUGGGCCGUCGUGAAUGCGAUAUGCUGUUCCCUGUUCGUUCUCGUGAGGUUGGUGCAGACGUUUAUAUUCGGCAGACUGAACACCCAAGAGCAGAUGAAUUUUAACAGUCGUCUCGGCAAUUGCAUGUUCUACAAGUUCGUGUUCAUAUUCGGCAUCUUGAGCGUGCAGUAUCUGGACGAAUUGUUGCUGUGGUCCGUCUGGUUCGCAUUCAUUGGUUCCCUGCAGCUGCUGACCGAACUGGCGUCCGACCGGUUUAAAUAUAUUACGUCAGCGACAGGAUCAGUGAGCGCUAAUGUGGCAAAGAUACUGGCAUUGCUGUUCACUGUUCUGCUGGUGUCGAUCGCGCUGGUUUUGUUGUCAAUCGUGAUCGGCUCGAAGCUUGGCAUCAAUACUGGUGCUUUCCUCGCUGCGGAGUGUCUGACGCUUGUCUUCCGUUCCGUGCAUGACAUCGUUCGCUACUUAUCCCACCUGUACCAUGUUCAGUCAGACAACGUUUGGGCGAGUCGGUCAGCGUUCAUGCACUACACCGAUUUCGUGUUCGAACUACUCGUGUUGUUCACUGAUUUUCUACAUCAUCUGCACAUGCUGGUGUGGUGUAACAUCUUCCUGAGCAUGGCGUCGUUAAUGAUCUGCGUGCAACUGAAACAUCUUUACAUGGAGAUCAGAAAAAAUCUACGUCGUCAUCAAAACUAUAUGCGAGUCGUGCGUUACAUCAACGAAGAAUCAUGGCGGAGCUUUAGGUAUCCGCUCGUAUCCGGUGAAGAACUGCGGAGUCGUGAUGAAAUCUGCGCUAUAUGUUGGGAUCAGUUGGACUCAGCGCGGCGACUACCCUGCAAGCAUAUGUUUCACAACUGGUGCUUGCGCAGUUGGUUGGAACAAGAAACCAGUUGUCCGACCUGCCGAUUCUCGUUAGCUGGCAGAAGGAGCGAAUCCCGUGAGCGAGUGCAAACGCCAGGCGACGAGAGUACCGUAAGGUUUCGAAGAAACCACCCGGUCAACCACUUUUUCCAUUUCGACGGUCGUCGCUAUGCCCGGUGGCUUCCUAGCUUCUCAGUGGAAGUAACGCAUAACCUGGGCAGAAACGAAACGUUCACCAGUCCUGACACUUCUCGCCAUAUUACUAAUAUAGCCGGGGUAAAGCAAGUUUCCUGUAUGUUAUUAGACAACAAAACAGAAUGGCGUGGCAACUGCGGUUCCGCAGUUGGGUAA